GGACUUGAGAUAAGAUAUUUUGCACGGAACUCAAUACCGCACACUACCUGUUACGUUUGAUUGAAUUAUUUGAAGGAUUUCGAAUGACAUAGAGGUAAAAUGAUGAUUUGACUGCAGAGGGAUUCAUGGUUUAAGUUGAUUUCCACACCAUUCUUCUGGUUGAAGUAGUAGACUGGAAGAACGGCACCAAGAUAUUCUUUUGGUGAAGUCGCUUGAUUCAAGAAAGGAACGUUGAGCUUUGUCAAAGCUUGUGCCACUUGAAAAGUGGGGAAAGGAAGAGAUUGUUGUUUGUCCGCAUAGCCUGGUACCACACUAAACCAUCACCAUUGCGACUGCAAACGGGUCAGCCCGGUCAACGAACAGAAUGACCAUGGAAGAUGAACAUGAUACAUCCACCGUUGAAUCCUUCCCUCUUCACAUCCUCCUAUAUCCCAUCCUUGAUGAGAUGCAGCAAACGGAUGUGGCGGCUUCGCAGACCUUGAGGGCAGCAUUUAACAAGAUGGAGAAGAAGAAACCAGGUUUCACAAAGCAACUCAUCCACAGUAUCUUAGAAGCCAAGUCCAAGAAUGUGAACCUGACAGAAAGUCUCCUCAAGUUAGCAGCAUUAGACAGUGAAGAAUACACAUUGACAAGAAGAGAAGAUAAAUUCAUAAGGAUGAACCAGCAAGCUAGGUCAUUGAAAGCUAUCCUUGCGAGGUUACCUGAUCAGUACGCCAACAGACCUGUCUUUCUACAAACAAUUAAGGAUAUAGCAUGUGGUAUCAAGGAUCUAUUAGGAGCACUCAACACAAUCUUCAAAGAUGAAUCAUUGUUUAGAGAUCAUGAACAAAGAAAGACGAUUGAGACGUACCGCAAGGAAUUCAUCCAUUCUUCCAAGGACUUCAGCUUGAACCUCAAGAACUACUUCAGGGUUGGUAACAUCACCGAGGUCUACGAGAGCGCCACGCACCUGAUCCACCACAUCAACCUCAUCCUUAAACUCCUCAAGACCAUAUGAAUGCUAUCAUCCCCUUCCACAUCUCUAUACUUCCCUUUAAUAGGCCCUUUCACAUAUGGUAUACAAGAGCAGCAUGAAGACGAUGGAUGGAUUUGGGAAUUCAAAGUUUGGGACACUCUAUUAGGGCGUUUGCAAAUGUAUUUGCGGUUCCCAAAUUAAUCAUGUGUUGCAAUUAAUUGUAAAUUAACAAUUGAUUGUUAAUUUGCUUCUUACAACAAGGGCCCGUAUUCUUAAGUCAGGUUUAACUUAGACCAUGGUCUAACUAGGUCCUAAAAUUAUGGAAAGCCAACAAUGUCAAAAUUUUCCCUACAUUGUAUAUUUUUCUUUAUGAUUACUGUGCUCUUUCCUAACUCAUGAAUGGUGAAGAAAGCUAUCUUAUUAAUCCUUCUGAAACAGUUAAAGGGGAAUCCAACCCAAAUAAAAACUUGUUUUUAUAAGGAAAAGAAAAAUCAGACAAGUUGAUAGGUGGAAGUUUGAACAAUAUUGGACAAACAACAAGAAAGUUAUGAAUUUUUAAAAGUUGCAAAUAUUGGUAAUCACUAUACCCAUGGAGACUUCAAAUUGGCUGCAUAUGGGAUGUCAUAGUGAUGUAAGGCAAGGACUACUCUUCCAUGUACUCCAAUGCAUAUUAUGGCUAAAAUGUCAUUUUUCCCAAAAGUUUUAUUUUAAAUUACAUUUUUCUUUCAUGAGGACAUAAAACAAUAUACUACCUGGGUUAUAUUUAGAUUACUGCCCCAGGGGAAUGGGUACUUAGGAGAAAACCACAAAUCCCUGAUAAUAAAGUACAUGGCCUCUGGAAAGUUGUCCUUGCCCCUUGUCAUAAUUUACUUACCCAAUUGCCAAUUUGAAAUCUACAUAGUAUUAGUGAUCUCAAUUUUAAAACAGCUAUAAUUUUCUUAUUGCUUGUCCGAUUUCUUUCAAACUUUCACCAUUCUCUUUAAUUUAUUUUUCUCCUUCCCAACACAACAUUGUAUGGCCAGGGCUGGAUUCCCCUUUAAGAAUGAUUUGAGAGAGAAAUGAGCUGAAUUAUACCGUUAGAGAUUUAUGCCACUAUUGGCUAUCCAUGGUUAAACCACAGCUUUAAACCAGACUUCAGAAUACGGGCCAAGGAGUUUAAAACUGAUUUGCUACAGUUAAAAUUGAUCAAUCAAUCGUAAAUAUGCAUCAGCAAUUUUGUGAUUGAUUGCAAAUAUUUUCUUGCAAUGAAAUGACUCUUUGAUGGAACACAGAGUGUAUGAAAAAGAUUGCAAUUUCGCAAGUAAUUAUCAACUGGUACUAGUAUACCAGUGUUAUACAAGUAGAAUACACAUUAGUAAGCUAGAUCUACCUGUUAAAAUGUUAAUGAAUUAAUUAAUAUUUCAUCGUUGAAUAUACUAUGAAGUAUGAUGGUUUACAUUGGUAGUCCAGAUAUCAGUAUUCAAUACCCGUAGUUUGGUUUCUCAAAAUUUAACAUUGAUUUUACAGAAUUUUUAAAAUUCAGGACAGAGUCACACCAUACAUAGGGGUAAAGUUGAAUACGGGAUGAAAUUACAGGACGUCUGGAGUGUGUUUCAUUAACAUUUUCAUCUGACAAAUUUCUGUUAUUUUGAUUUAUUUAGAAGAACAGUUUCUAUGAUAAUUUUCAGAUACAUCGUGAUGUGUCGGAUAAAAUGUCUGACAAGUCCUUUCACCACAUACAUCCCUGGUCACCCUGCUUACAACUUAUUCAUACAUAUGCAUAGAUUUUAGAGAGAAAAGUAGAGUAGUUGUCUUUUAAAAUACCGGGUUUUCAGAAUCACCAUUAUCUUUCGAAUUCAUUUGUCUAAAUAAGACCCUAAAAAGCAUCUUCCUUCGUCUGCUGAAAAUGUUCUACUGUGAUAUACAGAAUGGAGUUAGAUGUCAUAACUGGAUACUCCACCAAACAGCCUUUGUGAUGCUAAGUAUGAUCAAAAGCCAUAUUGACAAAUACGAUCCUUCAAAUCUAUUGUCUCUUGAUACAGGAGGCAAUGGAAGACCACAAUGCCCAGAUUUCUAAAACUGUUUAUGAAACAGAUUUCUGUAUUGUGUGUCCUGUAUCAAAGAGCCCUUUUCAAACCACAAUAUAUGUGCUUUACUGUCAAAAUUGAUCCCAAGUUAUUGUAUAAUUGUACAGUAGUGAUGAAUUAAGCAAUGUGCCUUUGAUAUCAUGUAAUAGUAGCUGCUCUAUAGCUAGCAAUGUUCCACAUUUCUGUCAUUGCUUCACACUUGCUGAUGUGGUCGAUACACUUUCAGCCUUAUAUCCACUGGAGAAAUGUAGACUCCUCUAAAGAAUGACUACUGAAACUUGUGAUUGCAAAGCGCAGGAGAAUUUAGGUAAUAAUUGUAUGAUAUUGAAAUUGAAAUGAAAUGUUUGUGUAUAUUUUGAUAUGAAGCUAAAUGGAUGGGGUGAUGGCUAGAGAAACAUACAGCGUAUCCCUGUCAUAUCACGUCACUGGAUAGUUAGGAAUUCAUGAUCAGUCAUGGCACAAAUAAUGAAUGCUAUAUAAUACAUGCACUCACAGUUUAUUUCAUCUUGUGCUUUUUAUGAUAUCACAAUUGAUGUGAUUUUGAUUGUCAGAUAAUUUUUUUGCAAGAGCAUUAUGCUUAUCACAAAUACCAUCAUGAAUGUCACAAAUAUCAUCUCUGUCAACAUGAAUGCUAUCUCAAUGCAAGCCAUUAUGAAUUUCAUCUCAAAUGCCAUCAUGGAUGAGUAUGAUAAAAUCUAGAAUGACAUGAAUGUCAUCUUGAACUUCUUCUUUAAUGUUUUCAUGAUGUCAUCAUGAACAUAAUCUCUAAUAUGACAAAUGUCAUCAUAAAUGUCCUCUUGUCCUCAAGUGCGAUGCAGUCCACAGGGAUAUACUGUAUGUUUCUCUCCUAUUAAAGGUAGUAUAUCAUAAUGAAUCCUGCAAAAAAGACCAGGGUUUGUUUCACAAAGAUUUAAGUAUGACUUAGAGUCGCACUUUAAUGUCUAUUUGCGUGUGGUGUAAAGGCAUGACCGCAUUGGUCAGAUCAUGCCAAGAGGACGCAUGCUACAGCUUAUUUAUCAAUAAGAUUGCGAGUUGCAUAUCUUGUACGCGUCUGCAUUUAAGUGCGACUCUAAGUCAUACUUAUAUCUUUGUGAAACACCCCCCAGAUAUAUGGGCCCCUUCAGGCACUUAAAUUACUACUAGUACCUUGGUGUUACGGCAUGUAUGAUUGUGCUAUAUAGGAGUUACUUCUACAGGUUUCAUCAUGACACACACACCUUUUAACCAUCCAUCAUGUUUGUUUUCUUAUUUAUAUCUGUAUACUGUUCAUGUACAUAGUAUGAUUCAAGUCAAAAUUGUUCAUGUUGUGUAAAAGAAAUAUUUAGUUUGUGAUGUACCUCAAUCUUUAUUUAGGUAAUAGAAAUUUUGUGAAUAUUCUGACUAUCAGAGUGAAAUAAUUCAUUAUACAACGAUAAAAUGUAAUAUGCCUUGGUUGUAUUAUAUUCAUCCAUUUAUAAUGCUUAGGUUAUGGUGUGAAGAUAUAAUAUUUAUAUACUAGUAAAAUAGAAUACAGAUGGCAUGUAUAAAAUACCCCCUAAUUUUGAUUUGAUUCCCGUUUGCUUUUGUUAUUAAAAGGAUAGAAAUUUAUUUUGUGUGGGAGAAUUGCUAGGUUUUUGGUGCUAGAUUUUUUUUCAUAUUCAUAUCAUACUCUAGUAUUUGUAUCACAUUUUGCUUCUUUCCUUUUUUAGGGGGUUAUAUUGGAACUGGAUUCCUACUUUGUGCCCAAUUUUUAGGGUAGUCUUGAUGUAUACCCUUUCGUUAAUCAAUUAGAAAUAUAUUUUCAAUUUGGUUUGAAAAAUAAAAGCCAUUCAAUCUUAAUUAUAAAAAAAGAAUGCUUUGGAGCAUACUGUAAAUAUUUUGUUUCUUGACAAAUAUUGUGGUAUGAAAGAAAUGAUAAAUAGUGCAUCAUUCUAGCUAGCAGAUAUUUUAAGACUUGAAUGAAAUGUUGCAUCAUGGGUAAAAAUCCAGGAACUUCGUGAGUAGUUUAGGUCUCCAGUUGAUGCUGUCCAAUUGGCUAUGGUAUAUUGACUUUCAUUCAGUGAUAGUUUGUUAUUUGGAUAUCAAAGUAAUGUUCACUUACUUGGUAUAAUGUGAAGAGUAACUUGCUUAAAAUUUCAUUGCCAAGUUGAAUG